AUGUGCGCAUCCUCAUCUGACAGUGUCCCAGGCCGACUCCCAGGGGCCACAGUGCACUCACGGGACAGAGAGGAGAGCAAAGGGAGGAGGGCGACCCAUGCUCCGUCUAGAUUGCAGUUUCAAAACACGGCCCGGCAUCAGCCUUGCAAGGAGGAGAAGGGAGAGUUGGGCGGGUUUGUCGGAGGAGAGAGAGGGGGGCUGUUCCACGGAUGCGGUCUCCUCCCUGCUCCUGAGAUGCUGCUGUGGCUUCGGCAGGACGAGAUGUCGGUCCAAGAGCUGCUGCAGAGGGUCCAGUGUGUCAUCACUCAUGUCGUGUCCCCCUUCCAUGUGCACUUCCUCCUUCACUUCUUCCUCUUCCUGGAAGUGGGUUAA